CGGUCGGGGCGUCACCGUACCCCGUCGCCGCCGCCAUCAAUGAAUCCAGACGCAAACGGAAGGAAUCCAAAAAUCAAAACCAGCAAGCAAAGUGCAAAGAGGAGGAAGCUUGAUCGAACCUUGCGACCACCGUCCUAUUCCGUGGAAGGGGAUCGACCGGAUAUCGGCGGAGUUCACAAGGGGAGCGUGUGGCCAGCCCAUCUCAACCCAAUUAAGGCCCAGCCUUACACCAAGUACGGUGGUGUGAAGGAAUAAGUCCAUUUUGCCUCCCUCAUCUCUUGCGUUUGUGUGCCCUCAACCGGAAAACCGGGUAUAAUGCCUCCUCCUUCUCUGAAAACCAGAGCAAAUCACCUCCCUCGGUAGUUUUGCUGACGAUUUCAUCCGACGUGGCGUGUUGACCCGAUUGACAAGCUGACUCAGCAUGGAGGGACCCACAUGUCAGUGUGUAGCUCUCUCUCCCCCUUAUCUCUCUACCCGGCCUUUCUCUCUCUCCCUCAUCUCUUGCGCGUGGGAACGGCGAUGGGGAGCGGCGUAGGCGGUCGGAAGUGUCGGUCGGAAGUCGCCUCCACCUGCGCCGGGACGGGCAGAGGCAAUGCCACCGCCGUGGCGUCAACGACGAAGCGACUAACGACGACGGCAAGGGCGAGGCGCCUCGAUGUCCCCGCCCGCCAUAGCCGUCCUCUACGACCACCACGGCCCGCCCGACAAAGUCCUCAGGGUGGCUGAGCUGCCGCCGGCGGAGAUCGGCAACCGCGAUGUGUGCGUGCGGAUGCUGGCCGCCCCCAUCAACCCCUCCGACCUCAACCGCGUCGAGGGCGUCUACCCCGUUCGCCCUCCCCUCCCCGCCGUCGUUGCAGGCUACGAGGGGGUCGGCCAGGUCCACGCCCUCGACGCCGCCGUCGAUUCCCCGCUCCUCUCCCCCCGCGACUGGGUCAUCCCUUCCCCGCUCCGAUGUGCCUCCCCAAUACGCCGCCACCAUCACCCUCAAUCCACUCACCGCGCCCAGGAUGCUCCAAGACUCGACGCUGCCAUGGCGUUCAAUCCGCUCAGCUCGACGCCGCCAUGGCUCUCGCGGACAUGGCCGGCGCCACAACCGGACAACACGAGGCCUCGCCGCCUCCGCAUGCUACGCAGGAGGCGGCGGCGAGGGCGAGCAGGAGGACAAGGCGGAGAUGGCGACCACGAGGCUGAGCCUUGAGCUGGGGAAGGUCGGAAUCCAGUCGUCGUCGCCAUGCUCCAGCAGCUCAAGCGCCGACCACCCCGCGAUACAGCCCGCCGCUGCGGCCACGGCAAAUAAAAUUCCGACACGCCACAUGCUCUUGUCGUGGAGACCGAUGACGAGCGUGGUGGCGGUGAGCUGGUUCACCGUCGCCAACACCGUCUCCCCGACCUCCCCCUUCCUAACCACUAUCUCCACCUUCGCCUGCAUACCAUUUCACAAUUAACAAGAUGAUUGCUUCUUUCUUUGUUUUGAGUUGAGCCAACUACCACCAUUGAUUAAUUGGUUUACCUCCGCGAUGCCGUUGCAUAGCUCCCUGAAGGCGAGGGCGAGCUGGAAGCCGCCGAGGCGUAGGCUGCGCCGCCUCCGCCGCGACCUCGCCGACGGGCAGACGUGCAGCAGCGUGAUGCAGUCGCCGGCGCGGAUGAAGUUGCGGACGGCCCACUGCAGCGCGCCGACGGCAGCGACUGAUGGCGGCGGCGUCGAAUCGAUCUCGGUGAUGAUGGCCGCAGCCGCGCGCCGCCAUCGCCAACCACACAGGGGGACGGGGAGGCCGGCGAGCUCGCGCCGCCCUGAGCCCACGCGCCGCCACCCGGGAGCCGCCGUCGUCGGCCGCGCGCGCCGCCGCCUAUGCACGAGCAGAGAGCGAGAGGGAGGAAAGGAGGAGAAAAACAAAGAAAGAAAAGAGAGGAAAGAGACGCAGGAGCUGACGGGGACACCCUGCCAUGUGGUGCCCACGUGGGUUCCACGCUGACUCAGCCGCCACGUGAAACAAUACCGGGGUCAAAACCGCCGAGGGACUAGUUUUGUACUAGUUUUGUAAGUUGGACGAUACGUUGUAGCCGGUUUUGUGGUUUGAGGACGAUUUUAUAACUCGAUGACAAGUUGGGGGACCUUAGGUGUACUUUUUCCCGAAUUUAAUUUGUAUCCCUGUAUCACAAUACCCGGUAUCUCUGACCCCCUAACUAUUAAACCGGUGUAAUUUUGCUCCCUUGGCAGUUUUGGAGGGCGGGCUCACUGUUGUUGUGCCUACGUGGUGGUUUUAACCUAGUCGCUGUCUCACGUGGCAUUAGACGUGACUUUUGAGCUAGAGGAUAAUGAAAUGCCCCAGGUGCUUUCGUAAAGUGCGUGCAGUAGACCAGUAGUGCUGCAAUGCAGAUGCUCAAUUCUAAACUUGCUCUUCCAGUUAGCUAGAUGUUGUCUUUGUCCCCCUGACGUGGCUGUAUCACAAAAGAAUGAUCCUUUGCACCGGAGCUAAUUUUA